AUGAUUAGGGGGAGCUUGAAUACUGAUUCAGUGAUUCUUGAGGGGUUGUUGAACGGAAGAAUCAAAACUGGAGAUGCUGGUGGAGUCAAAGGACAUAAUUUUCUAGUCUGGGAUGUAGGCGGGCAGGACAAAACACGCCCUCUCUGGAGAAGCUAUACCAGGUGUACAGACGGAAUAAUAUUUGUUGUGGAUAGCAGUGACGUUGACAGGAUAGAGGAGGCGAGAUUAGAACUUUUAAAGAUUGCAAAACUUACAGAAAGAUGUGCAGUGCCUAUACUAGUCCUAGCUAAUAAACAGGAUCUGCCUGGUGCCAUAGACCCAGUAAAACUGGAGAAAGGUCUAGGUUUGAGUGAACUGGGCCGGGGUGUUGGAUGGGCCAUUAAACCCACCUGUGGAGUGACAGGUGAUGGACUAGAAGAGGGUUUACAUGUACUUCAAGAACUGAUAUCGAAACGUCGUAAGGUUGAAGGUCGAGCACCCAGUGCUGGAAAAGCAAAGACGACAAAUAAAGUGAAAAGAUCGCACAGCCAUCAUUAUUGAACCUAGUGAUAAAAUUCGUGUUUCUCGCACAAAAACUCAUCUACGUCCAAACACAAAUUAAUUGAAUUGCGUAGAAUCGAAUUGAGUGAUUAAACAUUUCUGGCAGUGUUUGUUAAUAAAGGUACAGUCAGGGUACACAAUUAGUAUAUUUUAAAGAUGGAAAUUAAUGUUUUCUUAGUGAUUACUGCUACAAUGCCCAUAAAAUGGGUAGGGGUUCGUCUUUUACACAUUUUUGUUUUAAAUGUCGUUGUAAUCAAAAAUAUGUAGGCUAUCCUCUGUGGCCUUGAAAGGAUCCUCUCAAAGACCUUGAAAACUUGUUCACUUCAUGCCCAGUUGAAAAGAUGUUGUAGGCCCCUAUCCUGUUUUUUAAUGAUAAAAAACUAUUUUGUUUUUUUAGCUUUUUUCAAUCCACUCUUUAUAUCAUAUUUAUAAUGUCAAUUUCAAUUGAAAUGGCUUAUUGAAGUAAUGUUUUCCAUUAUACAAUGUCACUGUUGGGCGUGCUAUAACAUUCAAAAGAUGUAAAUAUUUAUUUUUAUAUAAUUUUUUUAUAUGUUCCGUCAGGAUAGUUUUUAAUCUGUGAUUUAUAAAUUCCAAUCGUAUUCAUUCAGUCCUCACCGAUGCAGUUACAUUACAAAGUGCUCAAUUCUGUGAUGUGCUUUUAUAUUGUAUCUUUAAAUGAAAAAAAACGUUAGUAAUAUUUAUAUUUUUGUUUAAUUUAGAGUUCUAUGUUUUUCCGCAGUUUUCAGUUUUAAAAUUCACGUUCUUAGAGGGAAAAAUGUUAGUACUUCUGAAUUCCCGUAUGUUCUUUGGGACACACAUGUAGUAAUUUAAGAAUUGAUCAUUUUUGAAUAUUUGUGGGUCACAUUCUCUAUGGAUUUUAUGCGUGCAUUAAAGCAAAAAACUAAGACACAUAACGUUAAUUGGUAAAGUACUAGAAUAAGGACGAGUAUAAUCAAAUUAUUUCUAAUAAAUAUUGAACCCUGAA